UAUAUAUGCCCCCCAUUUUCAUUUCAACUUUCCAUACAUCAAAAACACUUCAUACAACAUAUCAACAACCCCCCCACCCUAACAAACUAUGGGGAGGCCACCUUGUUGUGAUAAAAUAGGUAUCAAGAAAGGUCCUUGGACUCCUGAAGAAGAUAUCAUUUUAGUCUCUUAUAUCCAAGAACAUGGUCCUGGAAAUUGGAGAUCAGUCCCUACAAAUACUGGGUUGAUGAGAUGCAGCAAAAGUUGUAGGCUAAGGUGGACAAAUUACUUGAGGCCAGGAAUCAAAAGGGGCAAUUUCACUCCACAUGAAGAAGGAAUGAUUAUCCAUCUUCAAGCUUUGUUGGGUAACAAAUGGGCAGCCAUAGCUUCAUAUCUUCCACAAAGGACCGACAAUGACAUCAAGAACUAUUGGAACACUCAUCUAAAGAAGAAACUCAAGAAAAUCCAAACAGAAUUGGAUUCACAUAAUUUUGCUCCUUUUCCUCCUCCUAAUUCAGAUAAUUCUAGCACUAAUAAUUAUGAUCAUCAUCAAUUCUCAAAGUUAUUGAACUCUCCAAAUUCUUCUUCAUCAUCAUUGUAUGCUUCUAGUACAGAGAAUAUUUCAAGACUUCUAGAAGGUUGGAUGAGAUCUUCCCCUAAUCCUUCUAGAAGAAAUAAUAAUGAUAUUGAUCAUGAUGAUGAGACGUUGCAUGAGGCACAAAAAAAUGAUCAAGGUCAAGAAAUUGUUAAGAGUUGUGAAAAAUCUUGGAUUAAUCAAGAUGAAGGAAUAAUUAUUCCAAAAGAGAAAUCAAGUAAUUAUGCUAAUUGUGAAAGUAGUGGAGUUGUUGCAAAUGAAAUUAAGACAAGUCCUCCUCCAUUCACAUAUCUUGAAAAGUGGCUACUAGAAGAAAAUGGUGGUCAAGUUGAAGAACUCAUGGAACUUCCAAUGAUAUUCACAUAAUAAUACUAUUUUCUCUUUAAUUACAACUUAUGACAACUUUUUUUUCUAUGUGGUGGAGUUUGUUUGGGGAUAUGCAUGGGUAUUCUUCGAAGAAAGCGUAAUAGCUUAUUAGUCUAUGACAUAAAAAAUGUGUCAAUAUUCAAGUGAUUCAAUCGAAAUGAUGAGAUCGUGAAACUUAAGCUUUUCAAGUAUCAUUUGAGGAACAUUUUGCAAUCGAGGAAGGGUCUUUAGCUCCAUGGCAUCGAAAAUGUAUUACUGCUCAAGUGAUUCAACCUAAGUGACAAGAAUCUUGAAAGUUGUUUUUUCAAGUGUAUUUAGUGAAAUGUUCGGUCAAUCAAAUAAGGUUUUUGAUGACAGGACCUGGACAAAGUCCUUUAAGAUGUGUGUGAUUUUUUUUUAAAUUUAACGUAUAGUUCUAAUUUUAUGUAACUUUUCUAAUUAGAAGUUAAAAUAAGCUCCAUUAUAGCUUUCUUCACAGAUCGAUCAAGUUUUAUUUAUUUUGUAAAUUAAUUAUUCAUUAUUUGAGUGAAGGCAACUUAGUUUAU